UCAACCCUCACGCUUUUCCCACUGCUUGGGCGCCCCAAAACCCUCGGAGAACCCUCCCCGCAUCUCCCCACUUCCCCGUCUCUUGCCCACGCUCCUCCUCCAUCGAAACCAUGGAGAUCGAGCAGUUGGAGCGGCCUGUUCGACAGCCGCUCAAAUAUCUCCAGCCACGAAGUUACGAGAUUAAGGUGUUUGAAGCCGCGAUGAGGAAGAACACGAUCGCUGUGCCGGAGACGGGGGCCGGAAAGACGUUAAUCGCCGUGAUGCUUAUGAAGGAGUUCGGGAAGCGGCUGAUCGUGGACGGUCAGAAGAUGAUGAUCAUUUUUCUGGCUUCAACGGUCAAUCUUGUGAAUCAGCAAUAUGAAGUUAUACAGGACUAUACAGAGCUGGAUGUAGUAGAAUACUGUGGAGCGCAAAGGAUUGGCGAGUGGAGCACUGAUUGCUGGGAAAAGAAUGUUAAAACUAGAGAUGUUGUGGUGAUGAUUCCCCAGAUACUAUUGGAUGCUUUAAGGCGUGCAUUUCAGACUCUAGACACAGUGCAAUUGAUUGUUUUUGAUGAGUGCCAUUGUGCUCGUGGUAAUCAUCCAUAUGCAAGAAUAAUGAAGGAAUUCUAUCAUGAUACUGGAUGCAAGCCAACCAUUUUUGGAAUGACAGCAUCUCCUGUAGGCGGCAAAGAUUACAAUGAACUCAUAAAAACAGAAGUCGGAUAUGCAAUGGGAACCAAAAAUGGAUUUAUAUCUUCAAAGUUGGACAAACUAGUUGAAAUUUCUCAAUCACUUAGAUUAGAAGAAGAGGUAUACUGUCUAAUUUUAAUGGAAAGAGUUAUAACUUCUAAAGUGAUUGAAAGAUUUAUGAGAAAGAUCAAUAUCACACCACAUUUUCCAGUGUCUUACUUAACUGGUGGAGGUUCAUCAAAAGAUUCUUUAACCCCAAAAUUGCAGAGAACCGUUAUUGAUUCUUUUCGAGCUGGGAAGGUGAAUUUCUUGCUCACUACUGAUAUAGCUGAAGAAGGAGUAGAUAUACCUAAUUGUUCCUGUGUGAUCCAUUUCGACUUACCUAAAACAGUUUGCAGUUAUGUCCAGUCUCGUGGCAGAGCACGACAAGUUAAUUCAAGUUUUAUUCUCAUGCUUGAGAGGGGAAAUGAUGUACAGAAGGAUAAAAUCUUUGAUAUUAUCGGAAGUGAAAAUUACUUGGGAAAACCUUCUUCUAGAGACAAUAAGACAUUUCUCUCUAAUGGUCAUGGUGAAGAAAUAGAUGUUUAUUGUGUCAAGACAACAGGAGCAACAGUAACUGCAGAGUCCAGCAUUAAUCUUAUUUACAAAUUCUGUGAAAAGCUUCCAAAAGACAGGUAUUUCAUUCCAAAGCCAUUCUUUGAGUUAUAUGAGAAAGAUGGUUCAUACGAGUGUUCGUUGACUUUACCGCCCAAUGCGGCAUUUCAAAAAAUAAUAGGUCCUAUGAGCUGCAGCUCUAACUCAGCAAAGCAGCUUGUGUCUCUAAAAGCCUUUAAGAAACUGCAUCAAUUAGGAGCACUCAGUAAUCAUCUACUUCCUUUUCAUGAAGACCCUCAGGGGAGCACUUUCUCUGGAGCAGGGACAACCAAAAGAAAGGAGCUUCAUGGAAUGACAAGUGUCCAUGCUUUAUGUGGAUCUUGGGCUCACAAGCCGGAUAAUGUGACAUUGAAUGCAUAUAAGGUGCAUUUUGUUUGUGACCAGGAAGGUGAAAAUUACUCAGAUUUUGUUCUGUUAGUAGGCUCAUCACUUGAUGAUGAUGUUGCAAGUGCAGAAAUAGUGCUAUCCUUGAUCCCUAACAAGGUCAUCACCUCAUAUGUUUCUCCCUGCGGGAAGGUCCACUUAAGUGCAGAACAGGUUGAAAAGUCAAAACUAUUUCAAGAAUUCUUUUUCAAUGGGAUAUUUGGUAGGAUGUUUACUGGAUCAAGAUCAUCAGGCUCUCAAAGAGAAUUCUUAUUUAGGGAAGGACAUAUGAUAUCAUGGAGCUCUAUGAACAUGUACCUGCUUUUACCUCUUGAGUCCUCAUCAAAUGAUAAUGGUUUCAGUAUAUAUUGGAAUGGGAUUCACGCAUGUGUGGCUAUAGUGGAAUACUUGCGGAAAAUAUACUCAACAGAUGAUGAGUAUCAUUCUGGAAAUUCAACCACUAGCUGUACAUCUCCAUGUGAAACAAAUGGUGAGAAUGCAGAAAUUGUUCAGUUGGCAAACAAAUCUCUUCAUAUUAAGUACCUAAAAAAUUCAGUAGUAUUUUCAAUUCAUAAUGGGAGGAUCUAUUCUGUCCUUGAUGUGAUAAAUGAUGUCACCCCAGAGGAUCCAUUUGAUGAUAGUUGUGGCAUGAAGCCCUCACAGUUUGUUUCAUUCAUUGACUAUUACCAUCAGAAGUACAAUAUUGUGCUUCACUAUCCGCAACAGCCAUUGUUAUUAUUGAAACAAAGUCAUAAUCCUCACAAUCUUCUUUUAAAAUCAAGAUCUGAAGAUGCUUCCACUGGUGACAAGGCAAUCAUGGAGAAAGAACAAAUACAUGCUCGUUUGCCCCCUGAACUUCUGGUCCACAUUGACCUAUCAACUGAUAUUUUGAAGUCAUUUUAUUUGCUACCUUCAGUAAUGCAUCGACUGGAGACAUUGAUGCUAGCCAGCCAGCUUCGCAAAGAAAUUGGUUACAAUGACCUUCUAAUACCAAGCUCACUGAUUUUGGAAGCAAUGACAACUCUAAGAUGUUGUGAGAAUUUCUCUUUGGAACGUUUGGAACUACUUGGUGACUCAGUGCUCAAGUAUGCAGUGAGUUGCCAUCUGUUUCUGAAAUAUCCAAAGAAGCAUGAAGGACAGCUAUCUGAUUGUAGGUCACAGGCAGUUUGUAACUCAACACUUCAUAAACUGGGAACAGGUCGUUCCAUACAGGGUUAUAUACGAGAUAGUGCAUUUGAUCCUCGACGUUGGCUUGCUCCUGGACAGAUUUCGAUCCGCCCUUUCCCUUGUAUUUGCGGCAUAGACACCUGCAAUGUGCCUCUUGAAGGAAAAUACAUGACCGAGGAGAUCUCUGUUGUGGUUGGAAAACCUUGUGAUAAAGGUCACCGGUGGAUGUGCUCUAAGACAAUUGCAGAUUGUGUUGAAGCUCUAGUUGGAGCAUACUAUGCUGGUGGUGGUUUACCUGCUGCACUUCAAGCAAUGAGGUGGUUGGGAGUCGACAUCAAAAUGGACAAGGUGUUAGUUGAGGAAGCCAAGAAGAGUGCAUUCCAUUGGUAUCAUCUUUCUAAAGUUAGUGAGAUUGAAUUCUUGGAGUCAAAACUCAACUAUAUGUUUACAGUCAAGGGAUUACUACUAGAAGCCAUCACACAUCCAUCACUGCAGGAGUUAGGACUUGACUACUGUUACCAGAGACUGGAAUUUCUAGGUGACUCUGUAUUGGACUUGCUUAUUACAUGGCAUCACUUCCUGAGUCAUAAAAAUAUUGACCCUGGAGUAUUAACUGAUUUGCGUUCAGCAUCAGUUAAUAAUGAAAAUUUUGCGCAAGUUGCUGUAAGGAAUAACUUUGAUAAUUAUCUUCGGCACAGUUCUGGAAUACUCUCAGAGCAGAUAAAAGACUAUGUUACUAGAAUUUCGAGUUAUCAUUGUUUCAAUGAUAUGCUGUUACCAGUUUUUCUGCCCAAGGCUCCAAAGGUUCUUGGAGAUAUUGUAGAAAGUAUAGCAGGGGCAAUACUAAUUGAUACUUAUCUCAACCUUGAUGCGGUUUGGGAUAUAUUUAAAUCACUGUUUUCUCCUAUUGUCACUCCCGAUAAUCUUGAAUUGCCUCCUAUACGUGAAUUAAGUGAACUGUGUAGUUAUUUUGGGUAUUUUAUACACACAAAAAGCAUGAAGAAUGGGGAAGAGGUUCUUUCUGAAUUAACAGUUCAGCUUAAGGAUGAUUUGUUGGUAGGAUGUGGAAGAGACAAGAACAUGAAGACUGCAAAAGCACAAGCAGCUUUAUGCUUGUUGAAACAACUAAAGACAAGAGGUAUUUCACAUGGCCAAAGUAUUUCCAAAAGGAAGCAAGACAGAUAUAUCUUCAGUGACAACUCUUUUCUUUCAACUACAUAUGUAAGGAAUACAACUUCAAAAGAUAAUGGUUAUCUAGAAAAUAAUUCCAAGUUGACAAAGGCAAAGCUAAAUAAUCCAGUGCAUCCAAUUACUCUUCCAAUGAGGAUGGACAAAGGGGGCCCCAGGACUGCUCUUUUCAAGCUUUGCAGAAUACUACAGUGGCCAAUGCCAGAAUUUGAAUCACGAGAAGAAAACUUCAGAACUCCGAUAACACUAAAUGGAGUGAAAACACCAAACUUCAACCUCUUCACAACAAAAAUAUCACUGCACAUCCCAAAUUCCAAAGUUCUUACACUUACGGGCGAGCAAAGAACAGACAAGAAAAGUGCACAAGAUUCAGCAGCACUUGUGCUGCUCCUUGAGCUCAAGAAACAAGAAGUAUGCAUCCUCGAGGAGCCAUGACCGGUGCUGGCAAGUACGUAAGAUUGUCCUUUGGUUAUUGUAUCCUGCAAAACUCAGAUCCAGAUUGUCUUAGUAUAUGCGAACUCAAUUUAAGAGAACUUUAGAGGCUUAAACAUUUCUUGGUCAGAGCCUCUGAUUGCUCGUAUUCUUGGUUUAUAGAGAUCAAAUUAUCUAUGCAAUUCUUUUGUC